GCUCUCCCUAGUAGCACGACAUACACACCCCAGCUAACUCAUACUCAGGUCGAGUACCUGGUCGUGACUUACUCCGACCAUGACCCCAAGGUUCUUCUCUCUCUCAGACAGGCCGAGAUUCUCGAGGCGCUGGCCGCGGACAAGGAGCUCAAAAAGAAGGGCGGAUGCGUCCCCGACCUUCAAGAUGGAGAGCAAGGUGUUGCCGACAAGUAUGAACAAUGAACAACUCGACUUCCUGCCCUUCUUUUCCACAUUUGCUGACGAACCGCCAGGGAGCAUCCCAUCCCCGUGUUCCACCCCGAGUUUGGUCGCUUUAUGCUUGAGACAACCCCCGGGAAGCCAUGGGGAAUCGGCUUCAAGGAGCUGCUCGACGUCGAGCCUGACAUGAAGCUGCGGAGGAAGAUUGCCAAGGCGCACAUGCUGUCCACCGAGUAUCCCAUCACGCUGACGACGUUCCCGCGCAUCGGCGCUCCGGGCCAGUUCACUGACCCGUACUACCCGGUCUCAGGUCCCCGGCUGCGCUCUCAGUUUGUCCCGGACGAGAUCGCCAACCCUCACAUCAGAUUCCCGACGCUGGCGGCUAACAUCCGGUCUCGUCGAGGCCGCAAGGUCCAGGUCAACGUGCCCAUCUUUCACGACAAGGACACGCCCAAUCCCUGGAAAGACCCGACCGUCAACUACGACCUGCACGACUGGCCCGAGGACGACGAUGUGCGAAACGGAGCCGCACCCGACAACUUUAUCCACAUGGAUGCCAUGGCCUUUGGUAUGGGCAGCUGCUGUCUGCAAAUCACCUUCCAGGCCAAGAACAUCAUCGAGGGAAGACAGCUAUACGACCAGCUGAGCCCCCUAGGCCCCAUCAUGCUGGCUUUGACGGCGGCCACGCCCAUCUACAAGGGAUUCCUCGCCAACACAGACGUGCGGUGGAACCAAAUCAGCCGCGCAGUGGACUGCAGAACCCCACAGGAGUUGGGUGAAGAGCCCCUGACGGAUGGCGUUCGGAGGAUACCCAAGUCGCGCUAUGCAUCCAACUCGACUUACAUCUCCACUGACUCCCGGUUGCGGAAGGAGUAUCUCGAUCCCGACCUAGUGUUUGACGCGGACAUCAAGCAGCAACUUAUGAAUGGCGGAAUGGACGACCGACUUGCAACUCACUUUGCCCAUCUUUUUAUCCGGGACCCCAUUGUAGUCUUCGAGGAAGACCUCCAGGAAUUGGACUUGAACAAGACGGACCAUUUCGAGAACAUCCAGUCGACUAACUGGCAGCACAUGCGGUUCAAGCCUCCACCCGCAGACAACAGCAUCGGCUGGCGAGUUGAGUUCCGGUCCAUGGAGAUCCAGAUCACCGACUUUGAAAACGCCGCCUUCUCAGUCUUCAUGGUUCUCGUCACGCGAGCUAUUCUGUCUUUCGACCUCAACUUCUACAUCCCCAUUAAAAAGGUGGACGAGAACAUGGAGCGGGCUCAUGCCGUUGACGGCGUCCUCAAGGAGAAGUUUUUCUUCCGCAGAAAUCCAUUCCCUAGCCGUCCUUCUCGAGCGAACACCGUCAUGGGCGACGAGAGCCGGCCCGGAUCGGCGUAUCCCAGCCGGCCUGCAACUCCCUCUGGACCGGUCGAAGACGAGUACGAAGAGAUGACGGCCAACGACAUCAUCAACGGAUCGGCCGACGGGGACUUCCCCGGCCUCAUCCCCAUUGUCGAGAGCUACCUCGACAGCGUCAACGUCGACGUCUCGACCCGAUGCCAACUCGCCACCUACCUGGACCUGAUCGGUAAGCGUGCGCGCGGCGACCUUGAUACCACAGCCCGCUGGAUCCGCAACUUUGUGGACACACACCCGCGGUAUAAGCACGACAGCGUUGUGGAUGAGGAGUUGAACCACGACCUCAUCGGCGCCGUCAUUGCCAUCGGCGAGCGCGAGAGCGCCGGCCAGAACUUCGCGGGGCUGAACAUUCACGGGUUAUCGCGACUGCUCAACGGGUUCCGGGGAGGCUGCGGCGGCAACGGCAACGGGACGAACGGGACGAACGGACACGCGUACGGCAACGGCAACGGAUCCCUGAAGCGGAAGAGCGAUUGGAUCGAUGGGGCCGAGCCGGCGCGGAAGGCAUGAAGACAGGAGAAGCCUGAUCCAGUUUGCAAUGACUACGGGGGGCGGGCAUUUCGUACAUACAGCGGCCUGAUUACGGCCUUGGCGACUGCGAGUCGCAGCGCUUUGACAUUGAUAUGCGGAGGAAGAUGCACAGCUAAUAGAUGGAUCGACGCAAAGCUGCAUACGCCAAUGCGGGCGAUGCUGCCAGCAGGAAGCGGUCCCCAUAGAGGCUUACCUCUAUCAGAAUGAAUGAAUUACAUGUCACAACCGCCCAGCAGCU